AUGCAAAGUGGAAAACACAAGUACAAGAAGUUAGAGGUUAUGCAGCCGAGGAUCACUGAGUACAAAUCAGAACUUCUAACGCGUGAACAAAUAAUCCCGGAUCCUCCAAAUGAAGUUUUACAGAACAAUGACAAGGGCGAAGGGAGAGGAGACGAGCUUAAAAGAAUGGCGGUAUUAUUAAUCUCCUUUCCCUGAAAAGGAGGCUUUUUAGAGAGGAGGCGUAUUUGGGAAGGGGGGGGGGUUUGAUAGAAGAUUUACGGUAGUAGGUAAAUAUUUACAAAAAAAAGUGAAUAUAAGUCCCACUUGUGCCGUCAUCAUUUGCAGGGGACAAGACCAUUGAAGAACCUUUCAAGCAAGGAGGGAACCCUGGGAACGAGGUUCUUUUUCAAGCAUAUCCCCAUGAGUACAGUUUAAUCAAAAAGGCCGAGGAAAAACUCGAUAAAAUAAUGUUCUUUGAUUAGAAAGUUAGAAAGAAAAUCUUGUUCCACUAACCACACCUGUACCAUCAUAAUCUGCCCGUCCUCGGGGUUCUCGAAGACCUUUCCCGUCAUUUCAUCUAUUUCUUUAAACAUUUAAAGUCAAUAUAAAAUAAUGCGCGAAAAUUAAAUAUUAAUCCCAUAAAAUCAGCUCAGUCUCUCAUGAUAAAAUAUAUCUAAGAGAGUUAAAAACGUCAAAACCUCGUCGUUUUGAGCCCCUUUUAGCUCUCUGAAAAUGUAGUUAAAGUCAUUUUUUACAGAAGCCUAGUGAUGGGCUCCUGUUUUCGCACAUUUUCAUAUCCUCGUAUUGUAUAUCAUUUUAAUUGUAAAAGGCUUCUUUAAAAUAUGAGUUUACAUCGGUACGAACCUGUGUAACUUAUCCUUGUUUUGUGCCUUAAUUUUAUUUUCCUAGGCUCUAUCUCGAUUGUCUCUGUUUUCUUUGUGGGCGUAACCUGGUGUAGGCCCUGUCACAGGUUUCCUUUCUGCCUCGUACAAAAACGUCUCUCUCUCGACGAAAAUUUGUGCGCAAAGAAAGGCGGGAAAGAAAAAACGGACCUCCGUUUUUCUCCUUCCCGUAGUCCCUUGCGCUUUGUCAUCAGUCACUCUCGUGUGGCGCUCGCCUCUGUGCAAGGGUUCUUUAGACUAUGGAUCAGCAACUCUUAGUAAAAUUAGGAUUAUCUGAAUCUCAUAGUCUACUGGCUAUGGGUUCCGGUGGAAAAAAUAAAACUGGUCUUAAUCUGUUUCAGUUUGACAUUAUGGCUCAGAGUUCAAUGAAUGUUACCAAUACGUCAGUUACUAUAAGCAGAUUACAAUACAUGCAUCCCUUCGCUGGAAACCUACCCAGUGUAACCAUCCAUCUUAAAGAUGCUAAUCCAGAUGAUAUUCAGUUCUUUAUUGAUGAGCUGCCUGUUUCUGUCAAAGGUAAGACUGGAUGAUAAAACUUAGCAAAUUUCAUCUUUUAUUUGUUUCUGCAAACAUUAGCAAAUGGAAAUAUAGAAUUAAAUAUACAUGUAAGGUUAAAAAUUAAGUAACUAAUAAAUUUACAAAGAAUGUAAAAGCACAAAAUUAGAAUACUUAAAUUAAAUCACAUAGUAAAUAGGAAGGAGAGGCGAGGGGUAUGUCUAGGUAAACUAGUUGUGCCCCUUAAACUUACGUAUACUGACAAACAACUUGUAGUCUUCAAUAGAAAAGUAAACUUCGCAAAUUCUGAAGAGAAGGGAAUAGACCGCAAAUAAUUGCUGAUGCGUGUAAAGUUAUCUACGGAGUAAAAGCAGUAACUUUUCAUCAGUAGGAUGCCUAAAAUGUGUGCAAUUCCACAAUUGGUUUCGGCUCCAUUAAAUCCUUUACCAACUGUAGAACAUUUCUCUGAGGAGCUAUCCAUAAUGUUAGCACAGUAUACUGACUCUACAUAUUAGAAACGGAUCCAAAUUUUGGUUCAAACUAGAGACGAAUAUAUUGAAUAUAGUAUCGUUAUGUCAAUUCGGUGUUUAAAGGUAUCACUGGCAGAAAUUGUUUUCCACUUAUUCAUCAGACCCAAAAUUUCAAUCUGGAUCACAGGCACCCCAAUCUCGGUAUCUGAGCUCUCAGUGAACUAAUACAUCUAGAAUAUAAUCGCGGGUAAUACUUUCUCUUGGUAACACAGCAAAUGCAGGGUUCAUCUAAGAAGCGGAAAAAUUACAAUCCUUGACCAGGGCUCAAAGACUAUGAAUCAAAAUACAAGUGCAUAUUCACAGCGAUUUUUUACAAUAUUUUUAGUGUUUUCUUAUACGUGACGUUCUCACGCACUGACGGUUAGCGUAAGAUUGCUUAAAUUUAACUAUUUCUUCUUGGCUGACUUGAUUGACACUUUUUGCGCUUAACUCUCUGCAGCACAAUUGAAAAUGCAAGAUCUACGAGAGGAAAAUCUAAAAAGGCAAUUACGGAAACAGGAGGGAAACUGGCCAGAGCAGAUGAGGAAGAUGAGGAAACGCGAAGAGAAUUCUCAAAGGCAGUUAAGGGAAAUGCAACAACGCGAGGAAAACUCUCAAAGGCAGUUAAUGGAAAUGCAGAAAAGUGUGGAAUAUUCACAAAGGCAAUUAACAGAAAUGCAGCUACGAGAAGAAAAUUUAAUAAAGCAGUUAGAGGAGAUGCAACAUCGCGCAGAAAACUCUCAAAGGCAGUUAUGGGAAAUGCAGGAACGAGACCAAAAUUCUCAAAGGCAGUUAAGAGAGAUACAGCAACGAGAAGAAAAUUCACAAAGGCAGUUAAGAGAAAUGCAGGAACGAGAAGAAAAUUCACAAAGGCAGUUGAGAGAGAUACAGCAACGCGAAGAAAAUUCACAAAGGCAGUUGAGAGAGAUGCAACGACGAGAAGAAAAUUCACAAAGGCAGUUGAGAGACUGUGACUGGAUCAUUGCUCGCCACGAAAUUCAGAUGACAGACAAAUGCCUUGGGAGGGGAGGUUGGGGAAGUGUUUAUGAAGGAGUAUAUUGUGGGUGCGCUGUAGCCGUGUACUACAGUUUAUCGGGGCCACAAAUUACGAAGAAAGCCCUCUGUUUGUAA